CCCCGUUUCAAACAGGAAUAUCUCAACGAUCUUCUUCCUCAACCCUGCGUUUACGAUACCACCAGGCUAUAGCACAGUCCCCGUUUCAAAACAGGAAUAUCUCAACGAUCUUCUUCCUCAACCCUGCGUUUACGAUAUAAGUAUGCAGCUGGUUCACCUGUCUGUUGCGAUUGAGCUGAUAUCACGUUGUCUGCAACGGUUCCCAGCCCUGGGGCCUGAUGGAGAUAAGAGGCUGUUGGUAGGGUGGAGGUGGCGAUGGAGUUAUCUAACCCUGCUCCCCCUGUCCGCUUCAGCGUGGGCUAAACCAAUGAAGACCCAUGGCUCCCUCCAGCCUCCAACUCACUGCUCCACAGCCUCCCUAAACACCAACCGCUUUUCUUUUCUAUUUUCUUCCUCCUCCCCCCCCCUUUUUUUUUCUUCUUCUUUAUAAGCAGCUCCUGAAAUGGCCGUUCGUUCGUUGGCGCUAAGGUCUUUAAGCGUUCGAGGGGGAGCCAGGGGAGGGGAAGAAAGGGAAAAAAAGGGAAGCCAUUGAAAUUCGAACUGACUGGGCAUGCUCUGUGGUUGCCCUCCGUGCUGAGCCACCGACAGAGGGAGCUGUGGGGUCACAUGACCGACGAGGUGAAUGUGUGCAUGCGGAGAGAGGAAGGAAGAGGAACGGUCUGUUCGAGACUCCCGCUCUCUCUCUCUUGCUCUCUCUCUCUCUCUCUUGCUCUCUCUCUGUGUCUGCCUCAACCUCUCCUUCUCAAUGGAGGCCAACAGAAAGCAGCACACAGGUGUGGGUAAGAGUGUGGGCAGAGGGGGACCUGCUGCGGAGAAGAUGGAGUCCACCAGGGGAAGAGAGGAGGAGGAGGAGGAAGGAGAGAGAGACAAGAAGGCCGCAGCCAGGCUAGCAUCGUCUCCCAGGCCUGAGGCGGAGCUAAACGGAACCUACGACAUCACAAAGGCGGGCCCCAGGCACCACAGCCCCGCCUCCUACCCCUCCCCUAGCAACAGCUCCCAGCCAAUCGCCGAGAACGGCUUGAUGGACCUGGAGCCGCCCCCUCACGGCUCCCUCACGGGCAGCAACGGAUACGUCCUCAGCAAGCAGCAAGAGGGCGCGUUGGGUUUGGCGUUGGGGGCCACCCCACACAGGACUAGCUGGUCGCCUUCGGGCACCACAACAGGGGUGGAACACACGGACAAAUCCCUCCCUCCCUCAGCAGCCGAGCGUGGCCCGUCUCUGGGAGCAGGGAGGGUUGAGCCUGGCAUGAGGACCGCGUCAGAGCAGGGGCCCACAGAGACUGAGAAUGGCACCUCCCCUGGGCAUCCACCUAUCGCAGUACACAGAGCACGCAAGACCAUGUCCAGACCUGCCUCCAACCAGACACUAAAGCUUUUAAACAGGGAAUUAAAAGAACCAAAUAGUGCGAAAGAGGAGAGCCGGGUAGGACCAGAGGUGGACAAGCCUCCGCCCCCGCCUCCCUCCCAGAACCAGCUACCUCAGAGCCAAAACAACUUGCCCAGUGCCCCUUCAUCCAAGCCCACGGCGGCGCUGGCAUUCAGGAAGAAGAAGAGGAAGAUGGGAACGUACAGCCUGAUUCCCAAGAAGAAGACCAAAGGGCUGCGUCAGAGGACCAUGCUGGAGAUGUUCACAGAGAUCCAGCAGUCUGCCGAGGCCCCCCAGCCCAAGGAAGAAACCCACCUGAACGGAGAGAGGAUGGAGAACACCUGGGAGGAUGAGGAGUGGGAGGAGGAGUCUGAGGAGGAGGAGGACCAGGAGCAGGCUAGGGAAGGAGACGUCGACGCCCAGGACAGGAGACUUACAGCAGGUCCAACUUCUCAGGGGGAGCUGGGAGAGGAGCAGUUCUCUGAAGACUCGGCCGAGGAGGAAGGAGAGGACGAGGGCACCGAGUCGGACCUGAGUUCCGAAUCCAGCUUAAAGAAGAAACUCAAGAAGAAAGCCAAGGGCGACAGCGCCUGGCUCCGGCCCUCAAGGAAACGCAAGAAGAAGCUCAAGACCAAGACUGAGCUGCGCACGUACGGCCUGUCACAGCCUCAGUCCCAGCCCCAGUCCGGCUUCAGUGAGGAGUACUCAGAAGUGCCCCUGGAGUACCUCAACCGCCCAGUCCAGGACAAGCUGCUGUGUUCCCGGAGCCCUGGUGUCUCGCGAGCGGCGUCGGACGCCGACCCGGCCCAGGAACUCCCGCUCUGCAGCUGCCGCAUGGAGACGCCCAAAUGCCGCGAGAUCCUCACGCUGGCCGACAGGAAGUGCAUGGCCACAGACAGGAAGUGCAUGGCCACGGACAGCGUGGACGGCCUGCUGAGCCGUUGCCAUGGCGCCGUGUUGAAACAGCAGAUGAUGAGGCCGUCCAACUCCGUCCAGCUUCUGGUGCUGUGUGAGGACCACCGGGGGGGCAUGGUCAAGCACCAGUGCUGCCCAGGAUGUGGCUUCUUCUGCAGGGCCGGAACCUUCAUGGAGUGCCAGCCGGACGUCAGCAUCUCCCACCGGUUCCACCUGUCCUGUGCGUCCGUGCUGAAGGGCCAGAGCUUCUGCCCCCACUGCGGGGACGAGGCCAGCAAGGCCAAGGAGGUCACCAUCGCCAAGGCCGACACCACCUCCACCGUGGCCCCCCCGGCGCCCCACGGGCAGGCCACGCCCGGGGCCCUGGAGGGCAGGGCCGACACCACCACAGGAGGCCCGUCCCGUGUCUCCGUGGGAGCAGAGCACAGCGGCCGAGCCGACAGCUCUCUGUCCGGCCCUCAUGGCCUUCCUGGGGGUCUGCUGCUGGACGCCUUUCCCCCCGCCGGAGGCUCCCGAGCUGGGGCCCUGGGGCUGGGGGCCCCUAAGGAGACCCUGGAGAGCAUCCUCCAGGCCCUGGACACUGAGAAGCCUAAAAAGCUGCGGUUCCACCCCAAGCAGCUUUACGUGUCGGCCAAACAGGGAGAACUCCAGAAAGUUCUGCUCAUGCUUGUCGAUGGAAUUGACCCCAACUUCAAGAUGGAAACCCAGAACAAGCGCACCCCUCUCCACGUCGCCGCAGAAGCAGGUCACCAGGAGAUCUGCCACCUGUUGGUCCAGGCCGGCGCGAACCUGAACAUCUGUGACGAGGACCAGCGCACCCCGCUGAUGGAGGCGUGCGAGAACAACCACCUGGAGACCGUCAGCUACCUGCUGAAGGCCGGAGCAGGGGCUGCACACAAGGAUGUGGAAGGAUUCACAUGUCUCCAUCUAGCUGCAAAGAUCGGGCAUUACAACAUCGUGGAGCACCUUCUGUCCACCAGACUGGUGGACAUCAACUGUCAGGAUGACGGCGGGUGGACAGCCAUGAUCUGGGCGACCGAGUACAAACACCUGGACCAGGUGAAGCUGCUCCUGGCUAAGGGAGCAGACAUCUACAUCAGGGACAAGGAGGAGAACAUCUGCCUCCACUGGGCAGCGUUCUCCGGCAGUGUGGAGAUAGCCGAGCUGCUGCUGGAGGCACACUGUGACCUCCACGCCGUCAACAUCCACGGAGACUCCCCGCUGCACAUCGCCGCGAGGGAGAACCGGCUGGAGUGCGUCAUGCUGUUCCUGGGCCGCGGUGCCGAUGUGAACCUGAAGAACCGCGAGGGGGAGACGCCCCCAGACUGCUGCAGCCAUAGCUCCAGGGUGUGGCUGGCCCUGCAGGUCAACAGGAGGGAGGUGGAGGCACGCAGCAACACACCUGGGGAGGAGAGGACUCUCAACAGAGACAUAGCCAGAGGCUAUGAGAGGAUCCCUGUGCCAUGUGUGAACUCUGUGGACAGUGAACCCUGUCCAGACAACUACAAGUACGUCCCCGUCAGCUGUGUCACGUCCCCCAUGAACAUCGACAAGAACAUCACGCAUCUGCAGUACUGUGUGUGUAAGGACGACUGUUCAUCAAGCAGCUGUAUGUGUGGGCAGCUCAGCCUUCGCUGCUGGUAUGACAAGGAGGGUCACCUGCUGCCCGAGUUCUGCCUUGAGGAACCGCCUCUCAUCUUUGAAUGUAACCAUGCCUGUUCCUGCUGGAGAACAUGCAAGAACCGCGUGGUGCAGAACGGAUUGAGGGUUCGUCUUCAGCUCUUCAGGACCGUUCAGAAAGGUUGGGGCGUCCGGGCUCUGCAGGACAUACCCCGGGGGACGUUUGUGUGCGAGUACGUGGGAGAGAUCAUCUCGGAUGUAGACGCGGACGUCCGCGACAACGACUCGUACCUGUUCAACCUGGACAACAAGGUGGGUGACGCGUACUGCAUCGAUGCCCGUUUCUAUGGCAACAUCAGCCGGUUCAUCAACCACACGUGCGAGCCCAACCUGUUUCCGUGUCGCGUGUUCACCACGCACCAGGACCUGCGCUUCCCCCACAUAGCCUUCUUUGCCUGUGAGAACAUCAAGGCUGGAGAAGAGCUUGGGUUUGACUAUGGAGAGAGUUUCUGGGACAUCAAGGGGAAGCACUUCAGCUGUCAGUGUGGUACUACCAAGUGCAAGCACUCAGCGGCAGCCAUCGCCUCGCUCCAGGCGGACAGCACACCCGAAGACCCCCAGCAGCCCAGCGCCCUACCAGACACCAGCUCCUCCACCACCCCCCCUAGUCCGCCCUCAGCCCCGCCCACAGCCCCGCCCACAGCCCCACCCUCAGCCCCGCCCUCUGCCCCGCCCUCAGGCCCGCCCACAGCCCCGCCCUCAGCUCCGCCCUCAGCUCCGCCCUCAGCUCCGCCCUCAGCUCCGCCCUCAGCUCCGCCCUCCGCCCCGCCCUCAGCUCCGCCCUCAGCUCUCACCCCUACCAGGACCACCAGGCCAGGGGAGAUUCCCUCUCCACUCUCCCCUGAACACAAACCCAACCCCAGGGCCAAUGCUAUCCCCUUCCCCACCAGUCGUCCUCCGUUCCCCAGGCCACUAUGAUGGACCGUCUCCAUCCAGCCUAUGGAGGCCUGUCACAGACAGACCUGAUGCACUAUCACCCCCCCCUCCCCCAGAGACCCCCACCCAACCUGUCCACCGCACUCCCAAUUACCACCAUCAGCUCCUCACCAGCACAAACUCUUUCAAAACUUCUAUUCGAACUCUUCUUGGUGCGACACAUUGGACAGAAAGAACUUGUGUGUGUCUUACGCGCCUCGAUGAGUGUACAGAUGCUGUGGCGUGUGUGUGCUGUGCGUGCGUGCCACGCGCGUGUGCGUGAGAGUAAGUCCCUGUGUUUUGGUUAUUUUAAGCCUCCCUCCUGGUAGUAUGAUCCUGGGGGGGGACAGUGCGGCCCCCCCGCCGGUCUGAGUCUGGUGAGGACUGAACCAGGAUAUCCUUCUGACCUGCAGGAUGCACCUGUUGCAUGCUGGGUUCUCUUAUCUUCUCACCAAACCACAGAAGAAAACUACACCCUCCAGUUUAUAACUUUUUUGUGUUUUUACCUCAUAUGUUAUUUUUUGAUUAAGAAAGAGACAGUUGAGGGGAGGGGGGGGGGCAUUUUUCAACACAUCUUUUACAGGUAAUCCUCUUUCUCUAAUAUUUGUAAUAGGAAAAUUGUGGUUAGUGCCAGAUAUGUGUAUAUUAUAAAACCAGUCAUUUCACCAAUCAUUUGUAUUUGAAUAAUCUAAUUUACAAUCUAAAAAUGUGAUGCACAUGUUUAGGUUAUUUUAUGCUGAACACCUUUUGAGGUUAAGUUUCAAAUGACCUUUAAAGCGCUUUCACACGAUGAAAUUAAUGUCGAUCUGAGGACGAUGGAAAAUCUAGUGGAGUCAAACAGACGGGGAGUGUACAGUGAAGACCAUUCCAAUCAUUUCUCUCCAAACAGGAGCUUAUUAAAUGCAAGGAUAGUUGCGAUGGCUAUUUACUAUUUACUUGUUGCUAUAACGACCCGUAUUUUAAGCAUGGCUUCCCAUGAAAUGGCCUUGUUGUGAGGGUGUUGUGGUUUAGAAAGGGGAGAAAAAGUGGAGUGUUCCUGGACUCCCAACUUUAGUGUGUGACUAGGACUGACGUGAGCGAUUUGUACAGUUUGUAUCAUACAUACCAUACCGUUCCUGCAAAACAGGUGGAUAUUUCACUUUUUUGGUUGAUUCAGCAGAAUUUCCAACCAAGCAUGUUUAUGGAAAUGACUCACGAGUCACAAAUCAUUAAUUUACGGCAAUUAUGGAGGGAUCAACUGGCUAAACGCAAAUGGAGUAAAACGAAAGCAAAUGGUGCUGUCAAUGGUUCUCUCAUUUAAAUUUUGUAUUGCUUCAAAAGUUAAUACAAGUUGUAAAGUAUGCUGUUUUUGUUUUUUUUACACAUUUAAAUUUAACUGUUUUCUUUCCCCCUUUUUUUACCUGUAGCUACUGUAGUUAGCCUGUUUCAAUUUUGUUCCAUUAAUUAAUGUUGAUGGAAACCUACGCAUUUAUCUCCCUGUCUAUUAAAUGUGGUUAGUUAGGACUAUGGUAGUGAUUCUUGUGUACAUUUUCUGCUAGCUUUGAAUACAGAAAUGGUAAUAAAAAUGACCAGGACAUACUUUCUGUUACAUAUUUCUGGACUGUGAGACAUCCAUACAAUUUGGUUGUACCUUUCUUUUUCAAUAAAUUUACUACUAGUGGAUUUUG